AUGCGCACUGGUAGUGCGCAUGCGUUAGACGGCAGUGUGACGUCACGAAACAUCAAUACAGUGAAAAUCAACCGUGGAUCUUGUGUGCGAGUGUUGUGGCCGUUUUUGAACAAAUUUCACACAGAAAAUGUGAGUAUUGAUAAGAGUUUGUCUGCGGGGGACUCGCUCGGGGCUCCGGCNGGGGCUCCGGCGGCCGGGGGCGGCGACGACGGCAUCGUCGGGGGGCCGAGGACGCCGCAACAAGUCGCCGCCCAAAGACGCCUCCAGCAGACGCAAGCCCAAGUUGACGAAGUCGUCGAUAUUAUGAAAACCAACGUCGAAAAGGUCCUCGAAAGGGACCAGAAAUUGUCCGAAUUGGACGAUCGGGCCGAUGCGUUGCAACAAGGGGCGUCUCAGUUUGAGCAGCAGGCCGGUAAACUCAAACGAAAAUUUUGGCUGCAAAAUCUCAAGAUGAUGAUAAUCAUGGGAAUUAUCGGUUUGGUCAUAUUAAUUAUUAUCAUCAUGAAAUUCAUGCCGGACAAGGAGGCCAGGCUUUAA